CCUCACAGUCGCUGUCUGACCUGACAGUGGAAUAACGGAUGGAUGUACAUGGACAGCGUAGCUAGCUUUUACCUCCAGGUGUGUGUCCUGUGAAAGCAGCAGUCGACAGUGAUGGGGCGACUGUAGGUAUUGGUGGAAACACAGAAAUGAUCUCCUCAACAGUCUGACCUGACAGGAAACAACACAGACAGCCCAGGGCUGCAGAUGGAGAAUGGAGACCUGGGUCACAUGAUGGGGGAGCCAGUGACUCUGAAUGUGGGCGGCUGUGUGUACAGCACGUCUCUGUCCACGCUGCAGCGCUACCCAGACUCCAUGCUGGGAGCUAUGUUCAGUGGAGACCUCCCCACUGUCAGGGAUGCACAAGGAAACUACUUCAUCGACCGCGACGGCCCACUGUUUCGCUACAUCCUCAACUUCCUGCGAACGUCAGAGCUGACACUGCCGUACGACUUCAAGGAGACUGAGCUGCUCAGGAAGGAGGCUGACUUUUAUCAGAUCGAGCCCCUGAUCCAGUGCCUGGGAGACCCCAAACCCCUGCUGCCCUACUCCACAGACACCUAUGAGGAGGUGGUGGAGCUGUCCAGCACUAGGAAGCUGUCCAAAUACUCCAACCCUGUUGCAGUCAUCAUCACCCAGCUCACGAUCACCACUAAGGUCCAUGCAAUGCUGGAAUCCAUUUCGAGCAGCUUCACAAAGUGGAACAAACACAUGAUGGACACCAGAGACUACCAGGUGUCCUUCACCUUUGGACCAUGUGACCACCAACAGGAAGUCAGCCUGCGCGUCCACCUGCUCGACUUCAUCUCUAAAGCUGGUUUCACAAUACGCAACACGCGUGUUCACCACAUGAGCGAACGGGCCAAUGAGAACACAGUGGAACAUCACUGGACGUUCUGCCGGCGAACUCGCAAAAUCGACGACUGACAGACAAACUGAUGGGAGGACGGACGGACAGACAGAAGAUGCGUUCAAUGUGUCUGCAGACAGACAGAGGCUUGGUGGUGGUUUUGUUCUUAGUGUUAAUGUUCUGUAUGAUGUGUUGUUUCUGAAUCAUUCCCUCAGUCUCCUCGGAGCUGAAGCAGAAGGUGAAGUUAAUGGACGGCUAGUAUAUUAGCUACAAGUGAUAUAUUCUCAUACAUUACCUUUAUAUACUAUGUGGCCAAAAGUAUAUGGACAGCCCUCCAACCUUAAUGCUACAGCACACAAUAAUAGUCAAUAGUGAGCUUCCAACUUUGUGUCAACAGUUUGCCUUUGGCCUUUUCCUGUUUCAACAUGACAAUACCCCCAUGCUCAAAGCCAGAAAUAAAUGGUUUUCCGAGCUUGGUGUGGAAGAACUUGGACUGGCCUGCACAGAGCUCUGACCUCAAAUCCAUCCACCACCUUUGGGAUGAACUGGAACGCUGACUGUGAGCCAGACCUGCUCACCCAACAAUAGUGCUGGACCUCACUGAUGCUGUUGUGGCUGAAUAGGAGCAAAUCCCUGCAGCCAGAUUCAACAUCUGGUGGAAAGACUGAAACCAGAGGAAUGGAGGCUGCUGCAGCAGCACAUGAAUGAACAAGAUUUUGGAAUCACAUGAUCAACAUGCAUCACAUCCGAAGGCUUUUGGCCACAAAUCUGUUGUACAUCAG